AUGGCAGCAAAAUGCAAUGUUACAAGUGAUCUCAGCCGUGCCGAUUUUGGAGGGGACUUCAUUUUUGGAAGUGCAUCGUCUGCUUACCAAUAUAUGGAAGGUGCUGCAGAAGAAGAUGGCUUAGACCCUAGUAUAUGGGAUAAAUUUACGGAACAAAGACCUGAUAAAGUGGUCGAUGGAAGUAAUGGAAAUGUGGCUAUUGAUCAAUAUCAUCGUUACAAGGAAGAUGUCCAAAUGAUGAAGAAAAUUGGCUUAGAUGCAUACCGAUUUUCAAUCUCCUGGCCCCGAGUACUGCCUGGUGGAAGACUAAGUGCUGGUGUGAACAAAGAAGGAAUCCAGUACUACAACAAUCUUAUCGAUGAGCUCUUGGCAAAUGGUAUCAAGUCUUUCGUAACUCUUUUCUAUUGGGAUGUACCACAAACUUUGGAAGAUGAAUAUGGCUGUUUCCUCUGUCGAAGGAUAGUGGAUGACUUUCGAGAAUUUGUUGAGUUAUGUUUUUGGGAAUUCAGUGAUCGUGUGAAACAUUGGAUCACAGUGAAUGAGCCAUGGACUUUUGCCUAUAAUGGCUACACCACUGGUGGCCAUGCACUCAGCAGGGGUGUAUCGAUAGCCGAACAUAUCAAAGAAGGCAAUACUGGAUGCAGAUGCAACUGUCUAUUUUCAGGAAUCCCUCUGGAUGGUAAUCCUGGCACAGAGCCAUACUUGGUAGCACACCAUUCGCUACUUGCUCAUGCUAAAGCUGUAAAAGUGUACCGCGAAUACUUUAAGGUAGGGUCAAGAAGGAAGAUAGGAAUAACCCUAGUGUCACAAUGGUGGGAGCCUCUUAAUGAUACUCCACCAGACAAGGAAGCGGUUGAGCGGGCGGCUGAUUUUAUGUUCGGAUGGUUUAUGUCACCAAUAACCUAUGGUGACUAUCCAAAAAGGAUGAGGGAUAUCGUGAAGUCACGUCUUCCAAAAUUUUCAAAAGAAGAGAGCCAAAAUCUGAAAGGGUCAUUUGAUUUUCUUGGAUUGAAUUAUUAUACUUCUAUAUAUGCUAGUGAUGCAUCCGGGACCAAAAGUGAACUUUUAAGCUAUGUCAAUGAUCAACAAGUCAAGACUCAAACCGUAGGUCUUGAUGGCAAAACAGACAUCGGCCCUAGGGCUGGUUCUACAUGGCUGUACAUUUAUCCUCUUGGGAUUUACAAGCUCUUGCAAUAUGUAAAAACACAUUACAAUAGUCCGCUCAUUUAUAUUACUGCAAAUGGUGUCGAUGAAAUAAAUGAUCCUGGGUUAGAGCUCACAGAAGGGGAUCUCGGAUUGCAAGUGAUGGUAAGAAGAAAUCCUGUAAAGGGAGAUGAUGAAUUGAGACACCUUCUUACGAGUCAACUGGAGGUUGGACUCGAGGUGGGUUGGCAUACUACACAAGAGACACACAAGGAGAACAAGGAGUAUCAUGUAGCCUUAUACAUGGGGUGUGAGAAAGGGUUCUUGAGAGAUGAGAGAUGGUAUACAAGGGUUGGGCUUGGGGUCAAAUUAGCUCGUAUUGAUAAGACAAAGAUCAAAUAUCAUCAAGGUCAUCUUGCAUGUGUGAAACAAGCUAUGGAUGUAGACAAAGUCGAUGUCAAGGGUUACUUGAUAUGGUCAUUACUUGACAACUUUGAAUGGUCCGAGGGUUCUACAGCUCGUUUUGGGAUUAUUCAUGUAAACUUCAAAGAUAGAAAUGCAAGAUAUCCAAAGGAAUCAGGUUUAUGGUUCAUGAACUUCCUUGCUAAGAGCAAUGCUGUCAACCAUCCAUCUCCGACAAAGACAAUUAAAAGAGCACUUGAAAAUGGAGGAUUAGUUGAUCAAGAAAAGCCUAGGAAGAAGAUCCUCAAAGCUUGA